AUGGAAAAGAUGCUCCAGACAUUCCGUACAACGAUCACAGCGUCGCAGGCCAUGAGGCUGUUUACAGCGAAAAAGGACUCGAAGCGAACGUGGCCAGAACACUAUCUUUAUCUCGUGGCGGUGAGCGACGCUUGCGGAGGUGCCGAUUCGAACGUGCUGGACAACAUCGUGCGAUAUGCAUCGGCCGAACUGUCCACUGUCCUCAUGGUAAAGUACGACACCUCGCGCGCCGACCACCUCGCGCAUGCAGAAGAACUCGCUCACUUUGCCCAAUCGAUCGAGCUCGAUGCGCGUUCAAGUCGCUCAUUUGGUCGUGACGUCGUGUCGCACGUGGCCAAUGACGAGCCACCAAAGGAGACGCGCACUUGCCACGGAUGUGGUAAAGUCGGCCAUCUAAAGCGCGACUGCCGAAGAAAAGAGAAGAAGCCGACUGGAAGACCCAGUGGAAGUCGCACCGAUGGUGCGAACCUCACUCUAUCGAUCGACGAAGACCCGAGCAGUGACAACAGCGUGUGGAUCCUGGAUAGUGGAUCAAGCCGACACAUUGUCAACGACGAUCGACUGCUGAUUAACGCAAAGCGAUGUGACCAAGAGUGCAUUGUCGUAGAUGGUGAGCCGUUGCGCCUAUCGCUUGUCGGUAGUGUGGACAUUCGCGUGUUUGUCGACCAGCAGCCCCGUAUGAUUCGCGUAACAGACGUCUACUUCGCGCCGCUGCUCGCUCGCAACAUCCUGUCAUGCGGCAAGCUCGUGAAGAAAGGGUACAGUCUCGUGCAAGACGACCAGCAGCUAUCACUCGCCAACCAAGACACAGGCGACGUAGCGUUUGACGUGCAGAUGCGCUACAACGUAUUCUACGUGGCAACGUCGCCAGAAAAGGGACGCAAGCAGUCGCCUACAGAUGUGUUACUGGCGGCGACCACCGAAGAAGGGACGGUGCCCGUGCGACAGGAUGUGCAACGCGGGACACUAAUGCACUUCACGAACGACUCGGUCAUAUUGCUCUCGACACCAUCAAGCGAAUGGCGCAGGAUCCGGCAAGCGGCAUCGAUCUCACCGACCGUAAACGGCUCACGUGCAUCACCUGUGCUGAGGCGAAGCAAACACGAAAUGCACAAUCGCGGAAAGACAGCGGCAGGCACAGCCCGAUCGAUCGUAUCGGCGGUGUCAUCUGUUCGGAUCUCAAAGGAUUGA